ACGAAGCUUCCCUGGGGCCAAAGGAGCGCCAUCAAUCCAGGACCGGGUGUUUGUGUGUCCGUGUGUGUGUGUGUGUGUGUGCGUGUUAGAGUGCGGGUGGGACGGGAAAAUGUUUGACGUGCGCACCGUCGAAGCGGGUGCCUGUUGUGACCAAGAGCGUGAGAGUGGCGAUAGCGCAAUGUCAAUGACCGCCCGUCGACGGCGCGCCUUCCAGCGGCAGGCCUGUUUACUGAGCGUGAUGGCGGCCUUUUCCCUCGGCCUGGCGCUCGGUGUGUUUGUGCCACUGAUUGGCAUCUCGCAGGCCGCUCCGAAGGGUCAGACGCCAGCGGUGGUGGGGGCGCCCCAGGACGACUCAGGACUGAGUAGGCCACAUCAGGUCCAUCCGGCGCAUCAGAUGCCACACUUUCCAACGAUCGACGACAUCCGGGCGGGUCAGGAUGCGGACCAGGUGCAGGACCCGGUGCCCGGCCGGUACGCGUCCGUGUCGUUCAUCGCCGAGGAGAAGCUGGGGGCCGAGGGGCGGAAGCAGAACGAGGAUCCGCUGGCCGAGAAGAAGCUCCAACAGCAGGGAUCGAUCGUGGAGCAGAUGCUCGGAGCUGGAUCCAAGGCAACUCCGGAGCGUCGCGAAUCACGUUCCAGCAAGAUCCUCGAGGAGAGCGGACGGGAAACGUUUGGAGGAGAGUCGCCGGAAGGUGACGGAGUCAUUCGGGAAGGGAUCUACUGGGGAUCGAGUGUGGAGCGGGCGCUCCCGAAAGGAUUCGACCGGGAGCAGAGCGACUCCUGGACGCGAUAUCUGCACGAGGCGGAAGUGGAGCGGCUCGAGAUCGGAUGCGGGCGCAUGCAGAACAGGAUGCUGGUGUUCCGCGAUGGGACUCGGGCCUGCGCCCGCUACCGACAGAACACGGACCAGAUCCAGGGCGAGCUGUUCUCGUUCUACCUCGGCCAGCUGCUGAACCUCACCAACCUCGCGCCGAGCGCCGCCGCCAUCGUGGAUCUGGACGCGCGCCUCUGGAGCGCCGCAUCGGAGGACCUCUCCUCGUCGCAAUGGAAGCCCACCAAGCCGGUCGUGAUAACCAAGUGGAUCGGGCGGCUCGAACCCGCCGGCAUCCCGCAACCCUUCCAGCCGCUCGAGCGCCACCUCAACCGCUACGACGUGCGCAACAUCACGGAGGGACUCGAUCGACCCCGGCCACCCGCUGCCGAUGGCGUCCGGAGGCUGCUGCUCGACCGCCUGAGCCCGGCCAAUCCGGCCAACAGCCUCGCACCCGCCCUGGGACCCGCGGCUACCCCUCUGCCUCCCGACGUACUCGAGCGGCUAGUGGAGCUGGCGCAGUGGUCCGACCUGAUCGUGUUCGACUACCUCAUCGCGAACCUCGACCGGGUCGUGAACAACCUGUACAACUUCCAGUGGAACGCCGACAUCAUGGCGGCGCCGGCGCACAACCUCGCCCGCCAGACCGACUCGGCGCUGCUCGUCUUCCUCGACAACGAGUCCGGCCUGCUGCACGGCUACCGGCUGCUGAAGAAGUACGAGGCCUACCACGGCCUGCUGCUGGACAACCUGUGCGUCUUCCGGCGCUCGACCGUGCGCGCGCUCGAGGGGCUGCGGGACGCGAACGUCGGCCAGCGGCUGAACGCGCUGUUCGAGCGCUCCACCACCGCGCCGAUCCGGGACGUCCUACCCCCGCUGCCGGAGAAGUCCGUCAAGAUUCUAGUCGACCGCAUCGAACGGGUGCUCGGGCAGGUGCAGAAGUGCCGCGAAACGUUCGCCAGCGUCCGAUAG